UAUUAAUAAUCCAUUAAUAAGUUGAAACAAAUUUGAUUCGAUUCGAUUUGUUUAACAAAAUCAAUUACAUUAACAUUAAUCAUCAUGGAUGUUAAUAUUAGAUUAUCAUUAUUAUUUAAAAUAUUUCGUUACACUUUGAUGGUGAUUACAAUAAUUAUAAUAUUAUUGAAUAAUCAAAUUAAUUCGGGAUUAACAAGUGCAUUCUGGACGAGCAACAGCAGAGGCAGCAAUAGCCGAAGUAGUAAUAUCAACAGUAUUAAUAAUUUGGGCGAUACGACUAGAUUACGAUCAUCACAACAUCAACAACAACAUCAUAGCUUUUAUAAUCAAAAUCAAAAUAAUCAUUAUAAGAGCCGAGAUAUGCAAUUAGAAGAUAUACUUUCACAAGGUGAAGAAAAAUGUUUACAAAAACCAUGCGUACAAAGUGAACAAUGCUGUCCAGGUUCCGUUUGUGUUGAUCUACAUUCACAUUCAUCAUCAUCAUUAUCAUCGAUGAAUAAUAAUAAACAGAGACCAGUGACCACAGGAACAUGUUUACCAAUUUAUGGUGUAAAUGAAGGUGAUUCAUGUACAGAUGAUGGUGAUUGUGAAACUGGUUUACGUUGUAUGCCACAAACAAUUUUAAUAUUCAAUGAUGAUAAUGAUGGUCGAUUAUUAUUACCAUCAUCUUCAUCAUCAUCAUCAUCAUCAUCAUCAUUACAAUCAUCAUCAAUAAUCAAUUCACAUCAACAACAUUUACAUCAAUUAAAAAAUCAACAGCAACGAAUCUGUCAACCACCUGGACAGGAAAUGGUUAAAAAGCAAUUCAAUGCUGAAUGUACAACAAGUAGUGAAUGUGAUGCAAGUCAUGGUCUUUGCUGUCAAUUAAUCAAACGUCAUCGUAUGUCAUCACGUAAAGCAUGUUUAUUCUUUUCCGAACCGAAAAUUUGCCUAGGUCCAGUGGAUGUUACAUUUGCAAGACCGGCUAAUACAUUCUAUUAUAAACCUAAUGAACGAGAUUAUUUUCGUGCAAAUAUUGGCUAAAAGAAAUAAUUAGUUUAAAAAUCUUCAAGCCAGAUAUCGCCAUAAUCAUCACACAUCAUCAACAUUCAUAAAUAUUAUUGCCAAUAGAAUUUGGGAAAAACCACUGACGACUGAAUUUCACCAUAAUAUCACAUACACACACACACAUCAAAAAUGUAAUCCAUAAAUAUAAACAUAAAAUUUUGUUGAAAUAUUUUCAAUGUUUUAAUUAUC